AUGCUGGAUGAUGCGGGCAAGAUCCACGAGCGCGUGAUUGCCAACCGCAUCAUCCGGCAUAUGUCCCGGAUAGGUCCCAACCUAUCCCCCGGCCAGUUUGGAUUCCGCGAGGAGCGCUCUACGGUCGAUGCCAUACAGCACGUUCGCGCCCUCGCGGGGUCUAUAACGGGGGAGGGAAAAGUGGCGUUGGCGGUGUCGCUAGAUAUCGCCAACGCUUUUAACACCGUCCCGUGGGGCAAGGUAGUGGCGGCUUUGUCCAAUUACUACGGCGUGCCGCCCUACCACGUCGAGACGGUGAGGGAUUAUUUCCGGGACAGAACGCUGGAGUACACCGACAAGGAAGAACUCUAG